AGCCUCCACCCUCCCCGCUGCGACUCCUCCUCUCCUAUGCCUCUGUUCCUCCUGUCCCUACUUAUCCUGCUCCUGCUGCUUGAGGACGCUGGAGCCCAGCAAGGUGAUGGAUGUGGACACACUGUACUAGGCCCUGAAAGUGGAACCCUUACGUCCAUAAACUACCCACAGACCUAUCCCAACAGCACCGUUUGUGAAUGGGAGAUCCGUGUAAAGAUGGGAGAGAGAGUGCGCAUCAAAUUUGGUGACUUUGACAUUGAAGAUUCUGAUUCUUGUCAUUUAAAUUACUUGAGAAUUUAUAAUGGAAUUGGAGUUAGCAGAACUGAAAUAGGCAAAUACUGUGGUCUGGGGUUACAAAUGAACCAUUCAAUUGAAUCAAAAAGCAAUGAAAUUACAGUGCUGUUCAUGAGUGGGAUCCAUGUUUCUGGACGAGGAUUUCUGGCCUCAUACUCGGUUAUAGAUAAACAAGAUCUAAUUACUUGUUUAGACACUGCACCCAGCUUUUUGGAACCUGAGUUCAGUAAAUACUGUCCGGCCGGUUGUCUGCUUCCUUUUGCUGAGAUAUCUGGAACAAUCCCUCAUGGAUACAGAGAUUCCUCGCCACUGUGCUUGGCUGGCGUGCACGCAGGAGUGGUGUCAAACGUCCUGGGUGGCCAGAUCAGUGUUGUAAUUAGUAAAGGCAUCCCGUACUAUGAAAGCUCUUUGGCUAACAACGUCACAUCUGUGGUGGGACACUUAUCUACAAGUCUUUUUACAUUUAAGACAAGUGGUUGUUACGGAACCCUGGGCAUGGAAUCUGGUGUGAUUGCCGAUCCUCAGAUAACGGCCUCGUCUGUGCUGGAGUGGACUGACCACACCGGGCAGGAGAACAGUUGGAAACCCGAAAAGGCCCGGCUGAGGAGACCAGGGCCACCCUGGGCUGCUUUUGCCACUGAUGAGUAUCAGUGGUUACAGAUAGAUCUGAACAAGGAAAAGAAGAUAACAGGUAUUGUGACCACUGGCUCCACCAUGGUGGAGCAUAACUACUACGUGUCUGCCUACAGAAUUCUAUACAGUGACGAUGGGCAGAGGUGGUCUGUGUACAGAGAGCCUGGUGUGGAGCAGGAUAAGAUAUUUCAAGGAAACAAAGAUUAUCACCAGGAUGUGCGUAAUAACUUUUUGCCACCAAUUAUUGCACGUUUUAUUAGAGUGAAUCCUACCCAAUGGCAGCAGAAAAUUGCCAUGAAAGUGGAACUGCUUGGAUGUCAGUUUAUUCCUAAAGGUCGUCCUCCAAAACUCACUCCACCUCCACCUCCUCGGAACAGCAAUGACCUCAGAAACACUACAGCCCCUCCAAAAAUAGCCAGAGGUCAUCGCCCAAAAUUCACUCAGCCGCUACAACCUCGCAGGAGCAAUGAAUUUCCUGCACAGACAGAACAAACCACUGCCGCUCCUGAUAUCAGGAACACAACUGUAACUCCAGAUGUCACCAAAGACGUAGCCUUGGCUGCAGUACUUGUGCCGGUGCUCGUCAUGGUCCUCACCACUCUCAUUCUCACAUCAGUGUGUGCCUGGCAUUGGAGAAACAGAAAGAAAAAAACUGAAGGCACCUAUGAUUUACCUUACUGGGACCGGGCAGGUUGGUGGAAAGGAAUGAAGCAGUUUCUCCCUGCGAAGUCCGUGGAGCACGAGGAAACCCCAGUUCGCUACAGCAGCAGUGAAGUCAAUCACCUGAGUCCGAGAGAGGUCACCACAGUGCUGCAGACGGACUCUGCAGAGUAUGCCCAGCCGCUUGUGGGAGGAAUUGUUGGCACACUUCAUCAGAGGUCUACCUUCAAACCAGAAGAAGGGAAAGAAACCGGCUACGCUGACCUAGAUCCUUACAACUCCCCAGUGCAAGAAGUUUAUCACGCCUACGCCGAGCCACUCCCAAUCACGGGGCCCGAAUAUGCCACCCCAAUCGUCAUGGAUAUAUCGGGCCACACCACAGCUUCAGUGGGUCUGCCCUCAACGUCCACUUUCAAAGCUACAGGGAACCAACCUCCUCCUCUAGUGGGAACAUACAACAGUCUCCUCUCCAGGACUGACAGCUGCUCCUCAGCCCGGGCCCAGUAUGAUACCCCAAAAGGGGGGAAGCCAGGUCCAGGUGCCCCUGAGGAGUUGGUGUACCAGGUGCCACAGAGCACACAGGAGGUGUCGGGAACAGGGAGGGAUGGUGACAGUGAUGUUUUUAAAGAAAUCCUUUGAAGGUAAUGCUGCUUUUUACAAAGCAUCGUUUUAAAGCACAUGGCUUUUUUUUUUCUAUUAGUGGUAGUAAUAUAUAGAAUGUAUUGCCUAUCUGUCACAGAUGUAGUCGGGGGAAGUUGAUGACCGAGGUACAGGAAACUACUAAUCUUGCCAUCUUGCUUUAAGAGUGUUACUGUGGCAGUUACUGCUUGCCUGUUAAAUUUCGAACAUCCUGUUUGUUACUACUGUAAAACACUAUUUUUAAUACAGAAAAAGCUCCCUACUAUGCACUUCAAAGAAAUUAAGUCACUGAGAGUAUUUAUUACCAAUGCUGCAGGUACAUUUGAUGAACUCGGGAUGGCUUUGUAAGCCUGACGCAAUAACGCAUGGUACUGUUCUUAAAAUUUCUAAUAGCUUGAACUGCUCUGUGUGGAAGGUGGGUACUAUCAUGAUUUCCUCCCCUUCUAUUCCUAUAUUGCUUUCUGGAUUUUUAAAAAAGUAAUAGUGAUACAUAAUCAUUGUUUUGAUUGCAGUCAUACGCAGUCCAUUUUCCCGUGGUAAGAGCUGUAGGUAAGAAACUCUGGCUUGUGAGCAGGGUGAUUGUCACUUUUUGGCUCAGGUGCUUUGACACUCACGGUACAUGACCUGGUCUCAUCCCUGCUCGUUCCGCCAGGGGGCCUUGGUGGCCCAGCCCCGGUCUUGUGUUUGUAAAAUGUUUUGAGUUUUUUCAGUGGGUGAUACUUGCUCUGUCAAACCUCAUGAAUUCAGAUCCUCUGAUGUGUUUAAGUUUACUUCUCUAUGUGGAAACAGGAACUUUGCAAUUUAGAAAAGCUAUAAAAGAGAUUCACUCCCUCUCCUCCAACCUUAUUUGCAAUGGAUUUUCCUAGGAGGGUCGUGAAAAGUUGAGGGCUUCCAAGUAGACGCUGUAAACUCGACCACUUGUAUUUGUCACAGUGAAAGGCAAAAUCAUUCUUCAGAAGUCCUGCAAAUUACCUUUACAGAAAGUAACCGGAAUUUGCCCUCUUUGGUUUUAGAUAUUUUUCUUUGAACCUCAAGGUAUUUUUUAUUUUUAGUGUUUUCUGUAGCAAACUAUGAACCCAACCCGUAUUCUUGAGCUCUGCGUGAGUGUGCCCUCAUCUGUGUGGUGAGUGUGAGUGCUUUAUCUCGUACCCAGGGAGGAGGCGUUGCAACAUCCUCGCAUGGACUGUUCUUGAAGUUUUUGAUUCCUCUGGGCAACUUAACUUGUCCACACUGGCCCAGAGCUAGUUUUAGAUGGGUGAGCUACAAACCACCUGCAGUUUAUCAGCCUCAAGCGUAAGAACCAUGGUUAAGUCUUUGGAUAGCAACGCGACGCAAGCUGGCCGUGUAAAAGUUGGCAUCCCUGCUCCUAUAAACCUUAAUUGGGGGGCUUAACAGAAACAUACUUUUCCAUCAAGUCCUAGUCAUUUUCGAUGGCCUGGGCCACCAGAUUGUGAUGUUGCCUCCACAGGGACAGCAGUAAAACAUUGCUUCAAAAUAGAACUUUCUGCAGCCUCCCUGCCCUCUACUUGGAUGCUUUUGUUGGUUUUAUUUUCAUUUGCUUUUCCUUUUCCAGGCACACUAUGAGGCAUGUUAUCCAUUGAAACACCAAUACAUUUUGUUUCGAAAUAUUUGAAACAAAAAGCACAGGUGUUGAGCUUUUACUAGAACAUAUGAAUGUGUAAAGCACAUGUGUGAACGCUGCCGUCCCCUUUCAGGUGGGAAGAGAGUAAACCAGUCGCUUUAUUUUUUUAUUCAUCCUUGGUACAGAGAGAAUAUACUUUUCCUAAUACCAUAUACCUGUUUGAAGCUUUAAGAGAAAUGUUUUCAGUAGCCAUUUCGUUUUCCCAAAGACACUUGCUGUUUUGUGUAACUGUACACCUACCUUUCCCAUGGAACUGUUUUGAGAAGCAAAUGUUUUCUUCCAUGACGCAUGUUUUAAGACUUGAUUCCUGUUGCCACUGUGCUAUCCUUGAACUGCCAAUGAUUUUACAAAUAUCUAGUUUUUACUACUUUUAUGUAUUUUACUUUCCAAAUGAAGAGCUGAGCCUGGUACAAAGGGUUGUUCUGGUUUUGUACUUUUAGUUUUCAUAGUAGAGUUUUGGGGUUUGGGGUUUGUUUUUUUAACAUUUAUAUGUUUGAUAUAUAUAUAUAUAUACAGCUUUGGAGACAAUCAAGUAACAACUGAAAAUGUGAAAGUAACCAUUUUUUACAAAAUUUCCUUGAAUUGUUAUUCUUUGCUUGAAACAUGUAAAAGACUUAAGUCACUGUGGUUUAUUGGAUUAAUUUCUUUCCUGUAAAUACAAUUAUAAAAAUAGAACCAGACAAUGGUGCAACAAGUGUGGCCAUUUCUCGUUUCCUAAAAUUACACUGACUUCGCUGUUACUUGAUCUUAGGAACCAGCACAGUUAGAGAUAAGAUAUUGUGAAUGCCGACUUAUAUUUUAUUAAAAGCUGUAAAUCUAAAUAGAUCCUAUUGUAUGCAGGGUCUAGUCCAGUUAUUUAAGUUCAUGUUUCACUAUUUGCACUUUGCAUUGAACAAUGGGUUUAGUUCACUGAUGAAACGGUUCAUAGAGAAUUGAUACAGUGAUUGAAAUGAUGACAUUAUGUAUAUAUUUGCCCUUCCUCCCACAGGGGGAGCAGAAAAUGAGCUCAUCUAAACAUGAAUGCAGCUGUAAUUGUAUGGAAAGUGGUAAAGCAUGAACUUACUUGUCCACAGUGUUGCUGGGAGAGCAGAAGGGGUAUAGAAACACCAUGGCAGGUGAUACAAUUAGAAAGAACUAAUAGAUUAUGCUUUCCAGACCUUUUUAAGAGAAAUGAAUGAAGCUCUACCUGAAAAACAAAUUACCUUUUAGCUCUACCUUUCAGUUCUGAACUUGAAGUCCCUAAACUGCAAAAUCUAAGUAAGAGCUAGAUGGUUAUAAAAAUACUUUUUAGGUCAAGUGUGGUACCAAUAUCCCAUUUAAUCCAACUUGUGAUUAGUUUCUUCAUCUUUCCUCUCUUUUUUUGGCACUGGGAAGGGUGGAAAUAAAACACGUAUUGAACAUAUUGGAAGUAAAAAUGGCUUAAGUGUCCAUGAUAUUCUCCCAGAAUGUACUUUUCUUACCUCGGCAUGUACUGUAGUCACUCAGUAUUUGUAUAUGUUGCUAGAAUCUAGAUUGUAUAAAUAGUGAGAUUUUAAUGUGUUCAUGUGUUUUUAAUAAAUUGUAUAUGUGUCUUGCUCA